UUCAACCCACCUGGCACAAAUAUCUAAUUUGAUCAUAUGCCCUUUUUCAAAUCUCAUGUUUCUUCAUCUCGACUUGUUUUGUCUGUGUGUUUAUAUUGCUUCCUUCUCGGCCAUUUCACCUAGUGGAAAAUGCUCACUUCUUCGUUCAUGGAGCCCUCUUCUUCUCCUUCCCUUAAUCCAUCUCCAAGUGUGUCUAUCAUGGACCCUCGCGAGCAUGAACUAGGUGGCAACUUCAACCUCAUUGUUAUCGUGGUUGCAAUUGUUUGUGCCGUUGUUUGCACGCUUGGGCUAAAUACCAUGCUGAUAUGUAUACUUCAAUGUGCCAAUCACUCUCUUAGACAAACAGUCCAAUGGGUGGCUUUAAGGGGACUGAACUCGGGCAUGAAGAAGCAAGACGUGGUUGCCCUCCCAACUUCAACUUACACGAACUCUGGAUCACCGACUUCGCCUUCGCCUUCAUCCACUUCAGCCUGUGCUAUCUGCCUCAUCGACUUCUCAAAUGGGGAUACAAUACGAGUGUUGCCGAACUGUGCUCAUAGGUACCAUGUCAGUUGCAUUGAUAAAUGGUUGCUGUCUCACUCUUCUUGCCCCACCUGCAGGCAUCAGCUCAAGUCCAAGGAUUCUAUAGAACACAUUGUGUAGUAUCAAGUAAAUUUGAACAAAUGAAGAGGCAGUAGACGUAAAGUUAAUCAGGUAAGCAAUAAAGAGUUGAGCUUGGUAGAUAAAAUUAGUUGAAGUCAGUAAGCAAUAAAACUAGAUUUUGGUGUU